AAGAGUGCAUACAUUUACUAAAGAGAAAUAUCUCAGUGAAAAUGGAGAACUUUAACAGUCCCACAGCUUCAAAUGUGUUUGAUGAAGCGCGUUUACUGGGCGAACACACUGACCUGAUCAUCAGGGCGAAUGGCACUGAAUUUCAAGUGCACAAGAUCAUCAUGUGUGCCUGCAGCCCUUAUUUUAGGGUACUUUUCUCCUCCAAAUGGACCAGCACAGCUGAACAAACCUAUGACAUCCCAGAAAUGUCUCCAGACAUCUUAUAUCUCAUUAUUCAGUACGCAUACACAAGAUCUGCGCUCAUUACAGCAGAGAAUGUGUUGAAGCUGUUAGUGACAGCUGAUCAGCUCUUAAUCUCGGGUCUUGUUGCUGGCUGCUGUCAGUUUCUGGACACACACUUACGUCCAGAGAACUGCAUUGGCAUCUACAUGAUAACCAAGGACUUUCACUCCUGCUUAAACCUCCACCAUAAAGCGAAGCGGUUCAUGCUGCAGCACUUUGAGAAUGUCCUGCAAGUGUCUGAGGAGUUUCUGGAGCUCCCGCUGAAGGAGCUUGAGGAGAUCAUUGAUGACGAUAAACUCAACGUCAGACAUGAGGAGGUGGUUUUUGAGGCCAUCCUUCACUGGAUUGAUCAUGAACCAGAAAGCAGGAGGAAACACAUUGUGAUUCUUUUGCCAAAGGUUCGCCUGGGACUGAUGACGUUACAAUACUUCAUGAAUAAUGUAAAGCACAACCCUCUGGUGAUGGAGAAUGAAGCCUGCAAGCCUGUGAUCCUCAGCGCUAUGAAGGCCUUAUUCGACUUUCAGUUUGAUGGACCAAUAAGCUCAGAGCUCCUACAUCAACUGACCCGCCCCCGUCUGCCUUCUGCAAUCCUUUUGGCCAUCGGAGGAUGGAGCAAUGGACCGACCAAUGAGAUUGAAGCGUUUGACGUGAGGGCGGAGCGUUGGGUCAGUGUGAAUGAAGUGGACGAGCGGUCCAUGGCAUAUCUUGGCACUGCAGUUCUGGAGGAGUUUGUUUACUGCAUUGGUGGUUAUGACAGUGUGGAGUAUUUCAACAGUGUCAGGAAACUCAACCUCAUCACUCAGACUUGGCAUGAGGUGGCUCCUAUGUAUGAGAGGAGAUGCUAUGUCAGUGUUGCUGUCCUGGAUGGACUCAUUUAUGCCAUCGGUGGCUUUGAUGGACAUGAACGGCUGAAAUCAGCUGAAUGUUAUAAUCCAAACACCAACCAGUGGACACUCACUGCGCAAAUGAACGAACGCAGGAGUGACGCCAGCGCCAGCUCACUACAGGGCAAGGUUUACAUCUGUGGUGGUUUUACCGGGACAGAGUGUCUCUUCUCAGCUGAAUGCUUCAAUCCUCAGUCAAACCAGUGGACGCUCAUUGCUCCGAUGAGAAGCCGCCGCAGUGGUCUUGGUGUGAUCGCAUACGAUGGUCUGGUUUAUGCUGUUGGUGGUUUUGAUGGUGCCAGUCGCUUGCGGACUGCAGAGGCCUACAAUCCACUGACUAACAUCUGGAGGGAUGUUGCAUCUAUGCACAAAACACGCAGCAACUUUGGAAUUGAGGUGGUUGAUGAUCAGUUGUUUGCAGUCGGAGGAUUCGACGGAUCGGGCACCAUCUCUAAUGUGGAGUGUUACGAUGUGGAGAUGGAUGAAUGGUAUUCGGUAAACAAGAUGUCGAUCUCUCGCAGUGCUCUAAGCUGUUGUGUAGCGACAGGAUUGCCGAACAUCAUACAAUACGUGGCCCAGCGGGACGCAGUCCAGAUACAAGACGAGUCUGACAAUGAAUGA